UUUUGUUUUCUCCUCAGUGAAAAAGCAACUUCCCUUUCCUCAUCUCUUACACCUAGUUCUCCCUUCUUUCUCUACCCAAUGGAGUCCCUCACUCUUUCUACUUCUCUAUCUCUUCACUGUUCCUCCUUCAAUCUCCGCCACGGCUCUCUUCCCAAGCUUUCACCCACUUUUUCACGACACCCAUCUCGUAAAACCCCCUUAACUCUCAAAUCUUCACUCACUUCCCACCAACCCACUUCCAAAACCCUUUCUGAUUCUUCAAUUCACAACCCCAAUUUCGAAAUGGGUAAGGCUGAAAAGUUGUCCUUGUUACUUUCCUCUGCUCCUCAGACCCCGGCGACGGCUAUGCGUGGUGCGGAAGGCGACGCAAUGGGGCUAUUGUUUAGGGAGAGGAUAAUUUUCUUGGGUAGUAACAUUGAUGACUUCUUCGCUGAUGCUAUUAUUAGCCAGUUGUUGUUGCUGGAUGCUGUGGAUUCGACUAAAGAUAUUAGGCUCUUUAUUAAUUGCCCUGGUGGCUCUCUCAGCGCAACAAUGGCUAUCUUUGACGUUGUGCAGUUGGUGAGGGCCGAUGUAUCCACAGUUGCACUUGGCAUUUCAGCUUCCACAGCUUCAAUAAUCCUUGCUGGUGGCACCAAAGGAAAACGCUACGCAAUGCCUAAUACCCGAAUUAUGAUACAUCAACCACUUGGAGGUGCAAGCGGUCAAGCACUAGAUGUAGAAAUUCAAGCCCGAGAAAUAAUGCAUAACAAGGAUAAUGUUGUCAAAAUCUUUUCCAAUUGCACUGGACGAUCAUAUGAACAAGUUGAGAAAGAUAUUGAUAGAGAUCGUUACAUGUCCCCUAUUGAAGCUGUAGAAUAUGGGCUAAUUGACGGUGUUAUUGAUAGAGACAGCAUCAUUCCACUUAUGCCUGUUCCUGAAAGGGUUAAAUCUACAUUGAAUUAUCAAGAAAUGAUCCAAGACCCUCAAAAAUUUUUGAACCCAGAUAUCCCUGAUGAUGAGAUAUAUUAGCUGGUGCAACAGGUAGGGUGGCUCUUGGCUCAGAAAUAUCGCAUACCUGAACAUGCAGCAUUAUCCUCAUCACCAUUGUUGUAGAAUUUUCUAGGAGUUACAACGCAGACCAUUCAUGCGGGGAGAUUUUGGAGAAUGAAUUUUAUAUUAAAGCCAUAAUUAACAUUUGUAUACCCUUUACUUUCUACGUAGUAACUAGUUUGUUUCCUAGAUUUCUAUCUUUCCUUUUCUCCCCCUUUUGUUAUUUUUAUUGAGAGUGGAUGAUGGUGGUGGAUGGUUCAAUACUAUUAAUAUCAAGUAUCAACCAUAUAUUUCAUA